AUGGCUUGUCCCUCCAGAUUCGCGGCCUCCCUCCGCCGAGCCACCUGCGCGCCGCGAACCUUCCAGCAUGCGACCCGGCGACUACGACCCGUAAUACAAGCACGAUGGCAGGGCAACGAGGCGACCACAUCCGCGUCCUCAGAGCCCCACCAGCCGGACGAGCAAGGAGGCGUCAAAGGCGACACUGCCAAAGCCAAGGCCAUAAAGUUCACCUCAGAAUCAUACCCCGAGCUAAAGCGCGAUCCCAAGUUCUCCGAGAUCUCUUCCGAGCACGUCAAGUUCUUUAAGGACCUCCUCGGAUCCGAAUCAGCGGUCAUAGACGGCCUGUCAUCAGACGCCUCAGAAGACAUCGAGCCCUUCAACGCAGACUGGAUGCGCAAGUACCGGGGCCACACGAAGCUAGUGCUCAAGCCCGGCUCAACGGAAGAAGUCAGCAAGAUUCUGAAGUACUGCAACGACAACACCCUCGCCGUCGUGCCGCAAGGCGGUAACACCGGGCUGGUAGGCGGCUCCGUGCCCGUCUUCGACGAGAUCGUGAUAAACCUUUCGCGUAUGAACAGCAUACGCUCCUUCGACGAGGUAUCCGGGAUCCUAGUCGCGGACGCAGGCGUGAUCCUCGAAGUCGCAGACAACUUCCUCGCCGAGAAAUCUCACAUCUUCCCACUCGACCUCGGCGCGAAAGGCUCCUGCCAAAUAGGGGGCAACGUCGCCACCAACGCAGGUGGGCUACGCCUGCUGCGAUACGGCAGCCUGCACGGCAACGUGCUCGGCAUCGAAGCCGUGCUACCAGACGGCACAAUCGUAGACGACCUGUCCAAGCUGCGCAAGAACAACACCGGCUACGACAUCAAGCAGCUCUUCAUCGGGGGCGAAGGCACAAUCGGAAUCAUAACCGCGAUAUCCAUCUUCUGCCCGCAGCGCUCCCCCGCCAUAAACGCGGCCUACUUCGGCCUCUCCAGUUUCGAGAAAGUCCAACAAGCCUUCCGCGAAGCGAAAGCGCAGCUCUCCGAGAUCCUCUCCGCCUUCGAACUCAUGGACGGCCGGUCGCAGAAGCUGCUGCACAAGGCCAGCGGGCGGAAACUCCCGCUCGAGGGCGAGCACCCUUUCUACUGCCUCAUCGAGACGAGCGGCUCAAACAGCGACCACGACAGCGAGAAGCUGGAGGCGUUCCUCGAGCACGUCAUGGGCGAGGAGAUUGUGGAUGAUGGCGUGGUGGCGCAGGACCAGACGCAGAUUGCGGACUUGUGGGCGUGCCGGGAGGGUGUGCCUGAGUGCUUGGGGCACUGGGGCGGGGUGUAUAAAUAUGACCUCUCGAUCCCGAUUGGGGAAUUGUAUGCGAUCGUUGAGGAGACCCGCGAGAGGAUAAAGAAGGCGGGGCUCAUGGGUAAUAGCGAUGAGUACCCUGUUGUGGAUGUGGUCGGGUAUGGGCAUAUGGGAGAUGCGAAUCUGCAUUUGAAUGUAUCGGUGAGGAGGUAUGACAAGAAGGUCGAGAAGGAGUUGGAGCCGUUUGUGUAUGAGUGGGUCGCGAAGAGGAAUGGGAGUAUUAGCGCGGAACAUGGGCUCGGUAUCGCGAAGAAGGCGUUUAUUGGUUACAGUAGGAGUGAGACGAUGAUUAGGCUGAUGAAGCAGAUUAAGGAGCUGUAUGAUCCGAAGGGAAUUAUGAACCCGUACAAAUAUAUAUAG